AUAUGCCUUGGACAACUUUGGGAUCAACAGUGAAAAGAACGCAACGUCCCAUAGGAGAAUUUCUAGGACAAUGUGUUUGUGUCGCUUGUGCUAUUUUCGGACUUGUUUUAGCUUUUUAUCUGUAUUUUUCUGGAAUUGUAUUGGAUGCCUUUUAUUCCAAAAAAUACAUGUGGAACUUUUCAGUGACUGUGACUUUAGUUAUAUUUAUUUUCAUGGGAAAGCUGAUUAGCUAUUCAUUUGCCUCCAUAUCUAAGAAAUCAACGGCAUUCAUCCUCAGACAGUUUGACUCCAUGUGCCUGGGACUUGCAGGAUUGGCUAUGACGCUAACAAACUACCAUUAUGACCGGUCCGGAUAUUUCAGUGAUAUUUGUGUGCAAACAACAGUUAAAGUUAUGGCAGCGAAGUUAGCGACUGUAUUUUAUUGUAUCACUGCGUUCAGUUCGAUAUUUCAAUAUACAUCCUGGCUAGAGGCUGUGUGUUUAAUAUUUCUAUAUGCUCUUGCAAAUGCUCCGCUGAUUCACAAAAUUUGUUUCAAUGAUUCAUAUGUAGAAUAUUGUGUCAAUGUGAUUCUUAUUUCCCUGUGUAUUUUGACUGUAUUGGUAUACAUUUCCAAUAUUCCAAGAAAUGACUUUUACAAAAAAAAUGGCUUUAGGCAGGGUUGCCCUCAGUGUGAUCUACUAUUAUUUGCUAUGAUGACUGUGUACGUGUACGCUACAUUUAAUGAUUUCUGUCGGCGUAAGAAUGUCCUCGACAAAUUCAGCUUUGAAAAUACAUUUGUGAGUGUGUGGGACACAUUUGCUUUAUCGACUUUAGUGAUUAUGACAAUGUUCUGCUUUGCUGCAUUUUCUCUGACUGUGUUAGCAGACAGGAAAAGGGGUUAUCAACGUGAUCAAAAAAUACAUUCAGAGUUUGGAGUGUUUUUAUAUUGUUUGAAAAGAUUUUUAUGUAAUGAUAUCGAUUAUAUUCCAGGUCAAGUAAUAAAUGUAUGA